AUUUUCCAUUUCUUUCUCGGUGGCUUUGGAGAAAUUAUAUUAUUCUCGAAAGAUACUCAAAGACCAAGUGUUGGCUCAUCGGCUGAGAAAAUGCACGGACGUCCUCGCAAAGCCCCAGUACCAGAAGACGAAGCAGCUUCGGCGGCCAAAGCAGAGAAGCUACGCGCUCUCCAGUCUCAAGUCCUUUCUAAUCACCGCCAUAAAAUUUAUACUGAGGAAGCUCUAGAGCUUAGCACAAGGCUUGUCGAGAUCAAUCCGGAAUGUUACACUGCUUGGAAUUAUAGAAAGCUUGCCUUUGAACACAAUCUGACUCGGUCCGACUCCAAUCCUAACUCAGUCAAGUCAAUUCUCGAGGAAGAGCUUCGAGUGGUAGAGAUUGCGCUGAGGCAAAAUUUUAAAUCAUAUUCGGCUUGGCAUCAUCGCAAGUGGGUGCUAAGUAAACGGCAUUCUUCAAUAGAGAAGGAGUUGUGGCUUUUGGAAAAGUUCCAAAGUGCUGAUCCUCGAAAUUUUCAUGCGUGGAGUUAUCGGAGAUUUAUAGCAGCAUUGAUGGACAGAUCAGAUGUGGAUGAAUUAGAGUACACCCAGAAUCUAAUUGAUAAGAAUAUCAGUAAUUAUUCUGCUUGGCACAAUCGAAGUGUUCUUCUGUCUAAUUUGAUGAAGAAAAAUGUAGAAGGUUUUACUGAAAAAGAUGAGGUUUUAACCAAGGAGUAUGAAUUAGUACGUGAAGCUCUUUUUACAGAUGAAGAUGAUCAAAGUGGUUGGUUUUAUCAUCUUUGGCUUCUUGACCAAACUGUUAAAGCUAAGUCUCCUCUGCUGGUUUCUUCAUGGCCUGCUCAUGGCUCUGAUCUCAUUCUUUUUCAAGACAGAUGCCUGGAUGCUUCUUCUUCUCCAUUCAAUAUAUUCCAAUUUGAUUCAGGAACAUUUCCACUGAUUCUUUACUUUAGUCAGGCUGUUGAAGGUGUAAACUCAUCUACGGUCAACGUUGAAUAUGGAUCUAACUUGAAUCAGGGUCUUGUUUGGAAACCUCUUUCAACAUAUAAGUCUAGGGCUGCCCAAGCUUGGAUUACACAGUUGAGUUUUCCCAAUGCAGAUCUCCAUUCUUUAGAAGCUUAUCCUGUGGAGAUUACUGUUGGACAUUGUCAAGGAAUCAUUUCUUCUAGUGGUUUUCAUUAUAGCCAGUCUUCGCAUUUUGUAUUUACUGUGCGUGUACAACCUGUCAAAAAAGAACUUAAAGAAGGGUCAGGCGUAGAGAAGAUUUCAUGGACAGAUGAAAACUUUUAUCUUUGUGAGCCUCAUUUUGUGGAAUCAAAUCUAGUUGCUUGGUUUCACCAGCUAUGUUUAAAAAAUGAACACGAGCCAGUGGCUAAUGCCUGGCAAGUAAAAAUUAUAGAGGAAGAGAUGAAACACUUCUGUAUGUUGUCAGACUGUAAAAUUGGAAAACUUACACUGGCAAGACUGUUGACUGCUUAUGACGCAUUAAUGUCUUCUGGCAAAUUGGUCCAUUCUCAAGAAAUUCUUGGACUGUAUAUUGACCUAAUGAAGUUGGAUCCACCGCAUUAUCAGUACUACAAAAAUGAACAUAGCGUGGUUUUAUUGCAACAGGUUAUGUCUAGUAGGGAAUCUCUGCUAAGCCGCUGCUUCCAUUAUAGGGAUUUGACUUCAUCAAGCCGUGGCUAUCCUAUGUGUUUACGACUUAAUAAAUUAUCAUUAUCUCGAAUAGGAUCUUUUGCUAAAUUAUUGUGGGUCCAAAUGCUAGACCUGAGUCAUAAUGAACUUCAAUCAAUUGAAGGAUUGGAGGCUCUGCAGCUACUGAUUCAUUUGAGUUUGAGUGAGAAUAAACUCUCUAGUUUUACUGCAUUGGAGCCAUUGAGACAGCUGAAGUCAUUGAAAUCGCUGGAUAUUUCAUACAAUGAGAUAGGUGCACGCUCUAUUGACACUACAAGAUAUCUGUGUUCAUCUCCUUUGUCUAAUUCGAUUGGAAAUGAAUGGGAGCAAGAUAGAAUUUUGGUUGAUGGGGUCAGCAUGACAAAUUAUUGGGAAGCCUUUUUUGUGUUGAAAGGCUUGAACUUGACACAAUUGGAUGUGGUGGGGAAUGCCAUUGCUGAUGAAAAUUUUACCUUAUUUCUGGUUAGGGUUCUGCCUACACUUAAGUGGCUGGAUGGUGUACAAUUGAAUUUAUUUUGAUACUUAUUUUCUUCAUUUUCUGGUCUUUUCAGCUCUUAAUAAGGUGUACCAUAUUUCUAAUGUAGUUUUAAUGACUUGGUUUCAAGUAUUACACUUGGAUUGGUAUUGUUGUCGA